AUGCCCAAUCUUUAUCACCAUCUCUACACGGUAUCUCCAAAUGAACUGGAGCUGGCCAAUGCCGUGAAGAUUUCUCCAAACAAAAAGACGUUUGCUGUUUGCACGUCAAAGGGACUGAUCCGUGUUUAUGACCUCAAGUCCGGCUACCUCAUUAGCACCCUUCUGGGACACACCAAGGGAGUGUCAGACAUAGCAUAUUCCCCCAUAGAUAGCAACAUAAUCGCGCUGUGUUCCGACGAUUUGACAAUUCGCAUAUGGUCGAUCAGCAAGAGCAAGUGCCUUCGCAUUCUCAAGAAGCACACCUUCCACAUUACUACCAUGACUUUCAACUCCAAAGGUAACCUUCUCAUCAGUGGGGCAGCAGACGAGACCAUUGUCAUCUGGGAUCUCACCACGGGGCGAAGUUUGAAGACAUUGGCGGCACAUUCGGAUCCUGUCAGUAGCGUAGGGCUCACGCCGGAUGACACCAUUAUCAUCAGUGGCUCGUACGAUGGACUCAUGAGACUUUUCGAUUUAGGUUCUGGACAAUGCUUGAAGACGUUGGUAUACAACAGUUCUACACAUGGAACUGCUACAGCGUCUACAAAUGAUGUAGUGAACUUUCCGAUCUCCCACAUUCAGGUAUCUCCCAAUGGAAAGUACAUUUUGAGUUCAAGUUUGGAUGGUAAAAUCAGACUCUGGGAUUAUAUGAAUAACAAAGUUGUUAAGACCUACGGUGGCAUAAAUGGUGACAUUGUGAAUAAUAAGUAUGAUAGUGGGUGCUGCUUCAUCACUGUGACUGAAAAUUCCCUUGUAGCGUCUGGCUCGGACCAUGCUGGAGUGCUUUUUUGGGAUAUACAGAGUAAGGAGGUUGUGUUUCAGUUGCAGCCUGGUGAUACCGUUCUUGAUAUUGCGAUGUUGGAGAACGGCGAGAAAUUGAUAACAUCUACGCUUCUGGGGAAAGUCAAUGUGUAUGAGCUCAAUGAUGAGUAUGAGAAGUUAGAGGGUUCUCAUCUGGAAAAGCUGACCCUUCCACAUAGAGAAAGGCAUUUGGGGACUCAAACACCUGACACUCCAAUGGAAUCUCAUGUGGAACAACUGAGAGAAGCAUCACCAAAUCGAACUCCAAUGGCAACUACACCAGGUACCACUACGCCGAGAACUGCCGAGUUGACAGAGACUGAAAUGCCACAAAGUGGUGAAUUGCGAGAAAAUAUCGAUACGCCACGAGCAGCUCUGGAGUCUGCAUGA